AUGAUCUUCAACGCUGGCUUUGUCCUUGCCGCUCUCAUCGCUCUCUCGGGAGCCGUCGAGAGUGCCUCUGUGCCCAGCCCUGGCAAGUGGGACCAGUACCGCAACUCCCUUGACAAGGUCAUCGGCUCGUCUGCGAACACGGCCAAGAUGGCUGCUGAUGCCAGCAACCUCUACAAGGGCUACCUUGCCCAGAAGAAGGACGCUACCUUCCAGGGCUUGGUCAAGCAGGUUAAGACCUACAGCAACUCCAACAAGAACGCUGCCAAGGUUGUUCUCACCACCAAGGGCGUCAGCUCCAUCGCCACCCAAGUCUUUGGCAGCAACGCCUCUGAUGUCCACUCCGAAGCUGUCCUUGCUGCCUUGCUUCCCACAUCCUGGGAUUCCCGCACCAAGAACUGGGUCUCGUCCAUCAAGGACCAGGGCCAGUGCGGCAGCUGCGUUGCCUUCUCCUCGGCUGCCACCGUCGAGAGCACCUUCCUCAGCCAGACCGGCAACAGCAUCGAGGUCUCGACCGCUGAUCUCUUCUUCUGCCUUGGCUCUGGUGACGGUGCUUCCUGCAACACUGGCUGGGAGACCGGAGAGGCCGCCAACGACAUUGCCCAGAACGGCGUCGUCUCGGCCGACUGCUUCCCUUACACCGCCGGCGACGGUCAGGAUCAGCAGUGCGACGACAGCGACUGCCCUCGCACCGGCGGUCUCUCCGACACCUCCUUCAGCAGUGUCAACCAGAUCAAGCAGCACAUCAUGACCUAUGGUGCUGUGGUCACUGCCUUCACCGUCUAUGCCGACUUUAUGAACUGCUGCUCCAACAACCAGAUUUACUCCAAGCACUCGUCCCAGGUCGAGGGCGGCCACGCCGUCUCGAUUGUUGGCUGGAACGACAGCAAGAAGGCCUGGCUCUGCAAGAACUCCUGGACUGACUCCUGGGGUACCGACGGCUUCUUCUGGAUCAAGUACGGCCAGUGCGGCAUUGGUUCCACCAGCGAGACCUACGGCUUCACCUACUCUGGCAACUAGGUUUCCUGCGUAUAUCCCAGCUUGAGCUGUGGCCCUGCUCUACAUCUGCCUUGGCUUGAUGUCAAUGGCCACCCCCUCCUCUAAACCCCCCUUAACGAGACGCCUCCACCGACCACCACCUUGAUCCUAUUGAGAUUGUCCUCCUACCUUACCUUUGGCCUCCCACCUUACUCUUGUCCUCCUACCUUACCCUUGU